UACUGCCCUAGUCUACGAACCGACACUCACUCGAUGAUCCGAUCUGGCCGCCUAUGGCGGCGCUGCUUCGCGAGCGACGCUGCCGCCCACUCCUCCGCUCGCGGCAUGCCUCCGACCCCAGUUGCCUCCGCCUCUCCGACGGCUGUAGUGUCGGAUUCGAUUGAACUCGACGCGGAUGCCAUCGCAGCCUCCGUGCGCAACUCGCUCUGGCCGUCCGUCGAUCCCUUCCUGCCUCGCCUCUCCCAUCCGCUCCUCCCCGCAGUCCUCCACCGCCUCCGAUCCCAUCCCGCUCUAAUCCUAAGCUUGCUCGAUCGCAUCGGCUACCACCGCCUCGACCUCCGCUCCCUUGCCACCGCCACUGCGAUACUCUCCCUAUCCUCCCCGCGCCAGGCCGAUCCCACUCUUCGCAUUCUCAAGCAGGCCGUCAUUACUUCCGGCUGUGCGGAAUCUCCAGAGCAUGUCUUCCAUGCGCUCCUUGAAGCCCACCGGGAACUCGAGCACUCCCAGCCGCCGACCGUACUCGAUCUCCUUCUCAGAGCCUACGCCGAUUCUAGAAAACCGGAUACAGCCCUCGAAGUGUUCUAUCUCAUGAAAGAUGCAUCUUUGGUCCCAAGGAUCGAUUCUUGCAACACUCUGUUGAGCGCGUUCUUGAAGUCGAACGAAUUGGGGAAAGCUUGGAUGUUGUAUGCUGAAAUGUUCCGGAUGAGGAUUCCAUCAAAUGUUGCGACCUUUAACAUCAUGAUCAAUCUGUUGUGCAAGGAAAAGAAGCUCAAAAAGGCGGAGACUUUCAUACAAUACAUGGAGAGCUUUGGGAUUAAGCCGACAGUCAUAACCUACAACACCAUUCUUCAUGCCCAUUGCUCGAGUGGCAAAGUCCAGUCUGCUUUACAGAUUCUAAACUCGAUGAGGGAGAAAGGAAUUGAGCCCGAUUCCUACAGCUACAGCACGCUUAUGUCUGGGCUUUCUAAAGCAGGUAGAAUCGAAGACGCGUCACUGAUGCUCGUUGAAAUGGCUAACAGAGGCUUGGUUGCAAAUGCUGUAACCUACAACGCACUGAUUGAUGGACUCUGCAAUAAGGGAGAUUUGCAGGGUGCACUUGGAUACCUAGAUAAGAUGGUGCAGGGUGGAAUUGAGCCUACUGUGACAACCUACAAUUUGCUUUUGCACGCUUUGUUCAUGCAGGGGAAGAAAAAAGAGGUUGAUGCUUUAAUUGAGGAGAUGGAGCAAAAAGGAGUGGUGCGUGAUGCGAUCACAUUUAACAUUCUGAUCAAUGGGCACUGCAAGGAAGGCAAUGCACAUCAUGCGCUCAAACUGUUUGAAGAAAUGUCAAGAAAAGGGCUUCAGCCAACUAAAAUGACCUACACUUCCUUGAUCUAUGGCCUCUGCAAGAGAAACCGUCUCAAUGACGCAAACACAUUAUUUAGAGCUGCCAUGGACAAGGGUUUAUCACCCGAUCUCGUGAUGUAUAAUGCAUUGAUCGAUGGGCACUGUGGCUGUGGGAAAAUUGAGCGAGCUCUUGAGCUUUUGAAGGAGAUGAAGACGAAAAAGAUAUCCCCGGAUGAAGUGACAUACAAUUCCUUGAUGAGGGGCCUAUGUUUGCAAGGGAAGGUAGACGAGGCUAGCCGACUAAUUGACGCGAUGAAUAGAAUAGGGCUCAUGCCCGACCUUGUCAGUUAUAAUACAUUGAUCAGUGGUUAUAGCAGGAGAGGCGAUAUCGAAGGUGCCUUAGGAAUGCGAGAUGAGAUGUUGAAUAAGGGUUUCAAUCCAACACUGAUAACAUAUAAUGCCUUGAUACAAGGUUUGUGCAAAAAUGGAGAAGGUGAAAGUGCCGAAGAGCUCCUCAAAGAGAUGGUGAGCAAAGGUAUAACUCCUGAUGAUACUACUUACAUUGCUCUAAUUGAAGGACUCAAUAACACUGAAACUCUGAUAAAGGGUAAGGAAUCAUAGCUUAAUGUGACAAAGCUGAAUCGUAUCAUCACUAUCUUUUUCCGAUUUUAACAGUUUGGGCUUUGAUAUAGCUUAAUGUGACAAAGCUUAAUGUUUGAGAUAUGUCAAACAUCAGUUUCUCCUCA